AUGGGCGAGGACUCUGAGAAGCUUGGAGAAGAGAAUAGAACCAUGCUGCAAGCAGCAGCAGCGCGCAGAAAGCAGAGAGAGGACGGCGAAGAGGAAAGAUCGCACGCCUCAAGGUAUCCGCUCGCGUGGAGUGCCUGCUCUUCGAGCAUCCGAUUAUGAUAUAGUGGAAUUCUGAUGGGCGAGGACUCUGAGAAGCCUGGAGAAGAGAAUAGAAGAAUGAUGGAAGCAGGAGAAGUGCGCAGAAGGCAGGGAGAGGACGGCGAAGAGGAAAGAUCGCACGCCUCAAGGUAUCCGCUCGCGUGGAGUGCCUGCUCUUCGAGCAUCCGAUUAUGAUAUAGUGGAAUUCUGAUAGGCGAGGACUCUGAGAAGCUUGGAGAAGAGAAUAGAAGAAUGAUGGAAGCAGGAGAAGUGCGCAGAAGGCAGGGAGAGGACGGCGAAGAGGAAAGAUCGCACGCCUCAAGGUAUCCGCUCGCGUGGAGUGCCUGCUCUUCGAGCAUCCGAUUAUGAUAUAGUGGAAUUCUAAUGGGCGAGGACUCUGAGAAGCCUGGAGAAGAGAAUAGAAGAAUGAUGGAAGCAGGAGAAGUGCGCAGAAGGCAGGGAGAGGACGGCGAAGAGGAAAGAUCGCACGCCUCAAGGUAUCCGCUCGCGUGGAGUGCCUGCUCUUCGAGCAUCCGAUUAUGAUAUAGUGGAAUUCUAAUGGGCGAGGACUCUGAGAAGCCUGGAGAAGAGAAUAGAAGAAUGCUGGAAGCAGGAGAAGUGCGCAGAAGGCAGGGAGAGGACGGCGAAGAGGAAAGAUCGCACGCCUCAAGGUAUCCGCUCGCGUGGAGUGCCUGCUCUUCGAGCAUCCGAUUAUGAUAUAGUGGAAUUCUGAUGGGCGAGGACUCUGAGAAGCCUGGAGAAGAGAAUAGAAGAAUGAUGGAAGCAGGAGAAGUGCGCAGAAGGCAGGGAGAGGACGGCGAAGAGGAAAGAUCGCACGCCUCAAGGUAUCCGCUCGCGUGGAGUGCCUGCUCUUCGAGCAUCCGAUUAUGAUAUAGUGGAAUUCUAAUGGGCGAGGACUCUGAGAAGCCUGGAGAAGAGAAUAGAAGAAUGCUGGAAGCAGGAGAAGUGCGCAGAAGGCAGGGAGAGGACGGCGAAGAGGAAAGAUCGCACGCCUCAAGGUAUCCGCUCGCGUGGAGUGCCUGCUCUUCGAGCAUCCGAUUAUGAUAUAGUGGAAUUCUAAUGGGCGAGGACUCUGAGAAGCCUGGAGAAGAGAAUAGAAGAAUGCUGGAAGCAGGAGAAGUGCGCAGAAGGCAGGGAGAGGACGGCGAAGAGGAAAGAUCGCACGCCUCAAGGUAUCCGCUCGCGUGGAGUGCCUGCUCUUCGAGCAUCCGAUUAUGAUAUAGUGGAAUUCUAAUGGGCGAGGACUCUGAGAAGCCUGGAGAAGAGAAUAGAAGAAUGCUGGAAGCAGGAGAAGUGCGCAGAAGGCAGGGAGAGGACGGCGAAGAGGAAAGAUCGCACGCCUCAAGGUAUCCGCUCGCGUGGAGUGCCUGCUCUUCGAGCAUCCGAUUAUGAUAUAGUGGAAUUCUGAUGGGCGAGGACUCUGAGAAGCCUGGAGAAGAGAAUAGAAGAAUGCUGGAAGCAGGAGAAGUGCGCAGAAGGCAGGGAGAGGACGGCGAAGAGGAAAGAUCGCACGCCUCAAGGUAUCCGCUCGCGUGGAGUGCCUGCUCUUCGAGCAUCCGAUUAUGAUAUAGUGGAAUUCUAAUGGGCGAGGACUCUGAGAAGCCUGGAGAAGAGAAUAGAAGAAUGCUGGAAGCAGGAGAAGUGCGCAGAAGGCAGGGAGAGGACGGCGAAGAGGAAAGAUCGCACGCCUCAAGGUAUCCGCUCGCGUGGAGUGCCUGCUCUUCGAGCAUCCGAUUAUGAUAUAGUGGAAUUCUGAUGGGCGAGGACUCUGAGAAGCCUGGAGAAGAGAAUAGAAGAAUGCUGGAAGCAGGAGAAGUGCGCAGAAGGCAGGGAGAGGACGGCGAAGAGGAAAGAUCGCACGCCUCAAGGUAUCCGCUCGCGUGGAGUGCCUGCUCUUCGAGCAUCCGAUUAUGAUAUAGUGGAAUUCUAAUGGGCGAGGACUCUGAGAAGCCUGGAGAAGAGAAUAGAAGAAUGCUGGAAGCAGGAGAAGUGCGCAGAAGGCAGGGAGAGGACGGCGAAGAGGAAAGAUCGCACGCCUCAAGGUAUCCGCUCGCGUGGAGUGCCUGCUCUUCGAGCAUCCGAUUAUGAUAUAGUGGAAUUCUUAUGGGCGAGGACUCUGAGAAGCUUGGAGAAGAGAAUAGAACCAUGCUGCAAGCAGCAGCAGCGCGCAGAAAGCAGAGAGAGGACGGCGAAGAGGAAAGAUCGCACGCCUCAAGGUAUCCGCUCGCGUGGAGUGCCUGCUCUUCGAGCAUCCGAUUAUGAUAUAGUGGAAUUCUGAUGGGCGAGGACUCUGAGAAGCCUGGAGAAGAGAAUAGAAGAAUGCUGGAAGCAGGAGAAGUGCGCAGAAGGCAGGGAGAGGACGGCGAAGAGGAAAGAUCGCACGCCUCAAGGUAUCCGCUCGCGUGGAGUGCCUGCUCUUCGAGCAUCCGAUUAUGAUAUAGUGGAAUUCUAAUGGGCGAGGACUCUGAGAAGCCUGGAGAAGAGAAUAGAAGAAUGCUGGAAGCAGGAGAAGUGCGCAGAAGGCAGGGAGAGGACGGCGAAGAGGAAAGAUCGCACGCCUCAAGGUAUCCGCUCGCGUGGAGUGCCUGCUCUUCGAGCAUCCGAUUAUGA